AUGGCAGCUGAGAAGGUAAGCCGUUUAGCGGACUUCUACUCCGCACCGGUUAUUCCUAAAGGGAAUACUCUCACCUCGUGGGCUGCCUUAACGAACAGCAUCAUCGGUGCAGGAAUGCUCAGCUACGCGAGUGCUCAAGCUGUCUGUGGAUGGGCAUUGGGUAUCAUCGCUCUUGUCGUGUUUGGCGUGGUAACCUACUUCUCGCUGCAUCUGAUGAACAGAUGUGCAAUGGAGAUGCCUGGUAAGAGGCUUAGUCACAGUACCUUUGCUGUGACCGCUGGCUAUCCGAGGAUGCCUCUAUUUAUUGACGCUCUCAUGUUCAUUCAUAACGCUGGCAUUGAUACUGCCUUUCUACAGGUCUUUUCUAGCCUUGGUCUAACCCUUAUCGAGCAUUGGUUCCCUGGCUCAACUGGCGAGAAUAGAUUCUGGAUCCGAGUGGGUCUUAUCACUCUCAUCGUCACGCUGCUCUCCCCAGUUUGCUUUCUGACGCAUAUCACUAACACGACAAUCACUAAUGUUAUCGGUCUCAGCUGCUUCCUCUAUGCGGUAGUAGCUGGUGUUGCCUACACCUUCAGUGUAGACGAGCAAGUCGGGGAGCGGUACGUCGACAUACCGUCAACUACCACCGUUUGGUCGAUUCUGUCGGUUUUCCCAAUAUUCAUUUACGGCUACUCGUGUCAAUUUGUCAUGCCCAUGAUCGCAGAAGACAUGGUCGAUCGAAGCAUGAGGAAGUUAGAUCUCGCCGCUCUGCUUGCGAUUGCUACCGUAAUGGUCGUCUACCUUUCGGUCAUGGUCGGUCCCUAUUACGCUUUCGGCGAUGCUAUCGAAUCGAAUUUCUAUCUCAACUUGCCGGUCUCUAACGUCGCCAUCCACAUCGGGUACAUUGCUUUGCCGUUUGCCGUGCUAACUGCAUUCCCAUUGCUCCUGUUCCCAGCCAGACAAUCAAUCUCGGGUGUCAUAACCUAUUUUCGCCCCAGCUUACAAGACACUCUUAAAUUGCACAUCGGGACAACACUGCUUUUCCUCGCUAUCUGCGUGGGUGUGGCAAUCAUCUUCGAGGAUCUCGGUGUCACUAUUCGGUUCAUCGGCAUCCUCGGUACCAACACCAUUGGGUUCGUGAUACCAUGUUUCGUCUAUCUCCAUAUUUGUUACAAUCCGUUCCCGAGCUCCUCCGAGCAGCCCGUUAAUGAAGAGGUGGGAGGAGGCUGUCCAGAUGAUGUUAAGGCUGAUGAGCCAGAAGGGCAGGUCAACCUCCUCCAGAAGCUACGGAAUCAAACCCUCGAGUGGCACGGGGCGUUGGCGCUCUUCAUUGCCAGUAUUAUAUUCUUCCCCUUGGGUCUUACUGGACUGUUGUACGAUCUUACCACCAACUGA